AUGCAUAGCCGGGGGCCUUCCUUAACUUUAAUCACGAUGUCAGUUACGCAAGAGCAACUUCGAGCUAUCAUCUUCUAUGAAUGGCUUGGCGGCAUUGGAGCAACGGCAACAACCCUCAAAAUCAAUAGCAGAUCGGAUAAGGGCACCGCUACCAUCAGAACUAUCAAGCGCUGGUUCGCUCGCUUCGCAAGCGGAAACACCGAUUUCGAAGACAAGCCCCGGUCGGAACCCCCUCCCACUUUGUUGAAGACUCCGCCAUUCUCGACGCUGUCAAAGAGGAUCCGGAGAUACUCGCAGUCUUGCGACAAGAAUCGGGCGUAG